CCGCCUCCAGGCACCAGGGGCCUGGGUCGGCCGACGUGGCAGCGGCGCCGCUGGCGCGGAGAUCCGGACGCAGGGCAGAGGCGGGCCGCAAAGUUUGUGGCGCAGCCCGGCGGGGACUCCGGCCCGGCGAUGCGCGCCACGGGCUGUCCCCGACCUGUCCUGCCCCUGUGUGCCUCCGUGUCUGUGCUGGGCGGCCUGACCUUUGGCUAUGAGCUGGCGGUCAUCUCGGGUGCUCUGUUGCCACUGCAGCUUGCCUUCGGGCUGAGCUGCUCCGAGCAGGAGCUCCUGGUGGGCAGCCUUCUCCUAGGCGCUCUGCUUGCCUCGCUGGUUGGGGGCUUCUUCAUUGACUGCUACGGCAGGAAGCAGGCCAUCCUUGGGGGCAACCUGGUGCUGCUGGCAGGCAGCCUGAGCCUAGGCCUGGCGCGCUCCCUGGCCUGGCUGGUCCUGGGCCGCACGGCGGUGGGUUUUGCCAUCUCCCUCUCCUCCAUGGCUUGCUGCAUCUAUGUGUCCGAGCUGGUGGGGUCGCGGCAGCGUGGGGUUCUGGUGUCUCUCUAUGAAGCAGGUAUCACCUUGGGCAUCCUGCUCUCCUAUGCCCUCAACUAUGCCCUGGCUGGAGCCCCCUGGGGAUGGAGGCACAUGUUUGGCUGGGCCGUGGCACCUGCUCUCCUACAGUCCCUCAGCCUCCUCUUCCUCCCUGCUGCGGCUACAAAUGAGACCACAGCUCACAAAGCACUCAUCCCACUCCAGGGAAGGGAGGCCACCAAGCCGGAGCUGGAGAGGCCUCACUACUCCUUUCUGGACCUCUUCAGGGCACGAGAUAACAUGCGGGGUCGGACCAUAGUGGGGCUGGGGCUGGUGCUGUUCCAGCAGCUAACAGGCCAGCCCAACGUGCUGUACUACGCUUCUACCAUCUUCCACUCGGUCGGCUUUCGUGUAGGGUCUUCAGCUGUGUUGGCCUCCGUGGGGCUGGGCGUGGUGAAGGUGGUAGCGACCCUUGCCGCCAUGGGCCUGGUGGACCGUGCCGGCCGCAGGACCCUGCUGCUCGCUGGCUGUGCCCUCAUGGCCUUGUCGGUCAGCGGCAUAGGAUUCGUCAGCUUUGCCGUGCCCAUGGACUCGGGCCCAAGCUGCCUGGACAGGCCCAAUGGCAGCAGGCACACCAGCCUCUCUGAAGACUUAGACCUGCUCCAGGGUUCCGCUCCACCUCCACUGCCAAGGACCAAGGAGGCAGAAAGGGAGUCAGUGCUGCUAAUGAUUGAGGAAACCAAGCUUGGAGCAAGUGCUGGGGACUCCACAGCGAAGCCCAUGCUGGCCGUGGGCACCGCCUCUCUGGCGCCCCCUGUCCCCGCCCCGGGGAGAGCACUGCUCCGCUGGACAGCGCUGUUCUGCCUGAUGACCUUUGUGAGCGCCUUCUCGUUUGGAUUUGGACCCGUGACCUGGCUUGUCCUCAGCGAGAUCUACCCAGCCCAGAUCCGGGGCCGAGCCUUUGCCUUCUGCAGCAGCUUCAACUGGGCCACCAGCCUCCUCAUCAGCCUCUCCUUCCUCCACCUCAUCGCUGCCAUUGGCUUGUCCUGGACCUUCCUGCUCUAUGGACUGACAGCUGUCCUCAGCCUGGGCUUCAUCUAUGUAUUUGUUCCCGAGACAAAAGGCCAGUCAUUGGCAGAGAUAGACCAGCAGUUCCAGAAGAGACGGUUCACCCUGAGCUCCCGCCCCUGGCAGAACUCCAGCAGCAUCCAGUACAGGCGCAUCCAGGCACAUGCAGCCUCCUGAGGGGUCUGCCUCCCCGGACACAGCUAACCAUCCCUGCCUGCCGUCUGCCGCUUCCCAGAGUUCUAGUCUCGGGGAGCAGGGCCCUUUGGGAGUUGCCUCUGCCUCACAGGAGGAGAAAGGAUGCGAGUUUGAGACCCUGACAUCUUGCCUUGGUUGCCCACAAACUUGGCACACCUCUGCCAUAUUGAUAAUGGGCCCAUUCCGUAGAGCCAUUGCUUUCCCUACUAGCCUGGAGGGACCGAUCCUGGCAGGACAUCAUUUCUGGCGUCACCACAAAAUCCAUCUGAAGGCAUCUUCAGCUCUUCCUGCCUGAAGGUGGGCAUUUAGACCAGAUUGUGGCACAGCCCUUAUGUCUCUGUGUUGUCCAACCCCUCACAUUCUCUUCCCAGGAAUAUUUAUGUAUCACCAGCAACUCUGAAGGCUGGGAGACUCUAGUCCUGAUCCCAUGGGGGUCAUUGCUGGGUGGCCUGGGGCCUCAGCAUCCCCUGUCUGUAUGAUGGGAGAACUGGACCAGCUUAUUGCCAAGGUGUGUUCUGACUCCUGUGGGGUAGAAUCCCCAAGGCUGGGGACAGGACACACAUUCUCAG